UGGAUGUCACAUGACCGACAUUUUUUAUUUUGGAGCAGGCAGCGCUUUCCCGAGAAGACGGAAACGAACAAAUCUUUAUGUUAACCAGCUUUUACACAAUGUUUUUCCCUCCCCUUAUCGAAACAGGUGUUCACAUUAUGAAUUAGCUGUGUUCAUCAGCGCACCCAAGUUGUCGUCUCAGGUUGUCAUCGAGCUAAAGACUGUAAGCCACCAUGAGUCCAGAAGGAAAGACCCUGCUCAACAUCAUUGUCCUGGGCUUGGGCUUCAUGGUUAUGUUUACUGCCUUUGGCACCUGCGGGAAUAUUGAACAAACCGUGAUAAAGAGUUUCAACAGCACAGAGUUUCAUGGAAGUGGCUACACAAGCAUGGCGAUUAUCUACGCCGUGUUCUCUGCCUCGAACCUCAUAGCGCCCUCAGUGAUAGCUGUCAUUGGACCUCAGUUGUCUUUGUUUUUUAGUGGACUUGUUUAUAGUGGUUAUAUUGCUGUUUUCAUUCAUCCGUACACCUCAUCGUUCUACACUUUAUCUGUGUUGCUCGGAAUCGCCGCUGCAGUGCUCUGGACGGCCCAAGGGAAUCUGCUCACCAUCAACUCCAAAGAUUCCACCAUUGGAAGAAACAGUGGAAUAUUUUGGGCAUUGAUGCAGUUUAGCUUGUUCUUUGGGAAUCUUUACAUAUUUGUUGCGUGGCGUGGCAAGAGUCACAUAACUGAUAAGGACCGCCAGACGGUUUUCAUCACACUAACGGUCAUCAGCCUGGUGGGCAACUUCCUUUUUUUCCUUAUCCAGCGUCCAGACCCAGAACCUGCUCCUACUGAUGCCUCUGAGUCACUACUACCAGCAGACAUCUCAGAUAGUAGCUCUGUGGUUCUAUCCCAGAGUCUGUGCUCUCAGGCAUUUGAGGCAUUCAAGAGAUCCAUUCAGCUAGCUGUGACCAAAGAGAUGCUUCUACUGAGCAUACCCUUUGCAUACUCAGGUCUCGAGCUCACCUUUUACAGUGGGGUGUAUGGGACAUGUUUAGGGGCCAUGACUCAGUUUGGACAUGAUGCCAAGGGUCUUAUCGGCCUCUCUGGAAUUUUGAUUGGUGUUGGUGAAAUACUUGGAGGAGGAGUAUUUGGGAUCCUGGAUAAGUGUAAUCGUUUUGGCAGAAACCCAGUGGUGUUUUUGGGGCUGUUUACCCAUAUUGUGGCAUUUUACCUCAUCUUCCUCAACAUAGCCAGUGAUGCUCCCGUGGCUCCAGAGGAAGGCACACAAAUGCAAGCUUUUAUCCAACCCAGUGUGACUGUGGCGCUGAUAUGCAGUUUCCUGCUGGGUCUGGGUGAUAGUUGUUUCAACACUCAGCUCAUCAGCAUUGUGGGCUUCUUGUUCCGGGACGACAGUGCCUCAGCAUUUGCCGUCUUUAAAUUUGUACAGUCCAUCACAGCUGCGGUGGCCUUCUUCUACAGCAACUACCUUCUCCUCCACUGGCAGCUGCUCAUCAUGGUGCUGAUGGGCUUCAUGGGCACCAUUACUUUCUUUGUGGUGGAGUGGGGCGUUAUCAGCAGACAGCGGGACUCUGAUUAUGACAGUAUCUGAUAGGACUGAAGUGCCAGAACUCCUCUCCAGCCAUCAGCAUCAGCGUGCAGAUCCACAAACCAUCUUCAACAGCUAUUUCCCUCUUUGGUUUAGCUCUUGAGUCCAUCUAGUCCAUGUAUCCAUGAUCCUUUUCAAGUGAAUCGGCUGUGUAGACUCUAUUCUUUACAUGCACUUACCAUACGUUUACUCCUCCGAUGGGAUCAAGGAUCAAGUGCUAUAAUGCAAUAAAAGGUUUGUUCACAUUUUUUUUUACCUGUCACAUAGCAUUAUACUGUGCAAAAAGAAACCUGUAACUAUGGUCUCAUUAUAUUUCCAACAAUGCUUAUUUUCUUGAACAUUAAACAAGAUGCUGUAGGAAUAAUUCACCCAGAGAAUCUUCACGCAGCUCAUUUGAGCACAAAGACAGUUCAUAGUGACCACAGAUAAACUUCCCUUCCCUCAAGAUUGAAUCCACCUUCAAACAUGCCGCUUGAACUGUUUGCAUGCGGUUCCACCAAACACUGUUGGGUUUUGUGGUUGUUGUAAAUGAACUCAAACUUACCAGUUUAAAUACAGGAAUCAGAUUUGUGAGCUACGGCCUAAAUUGACCUAAAUUGCUAUCUGAUUCUCACAGAAAAGUAUCAUAUGGCAUUGAAAGUCUUGUAGUAUAGCGCAGUAGACGAAUAGAAUAGAGUUUUUUGUCCAUUUUUGGAGCUCGACAAAUGUGGUCACUUUGAAUGUUGACGUAUGGAAAAGAGAUGUACAAAGAGGAAAUUCAGCUUUUUUUGUUCCACGAAAACCAAAAUUGUGACCCUGGAGCACAAGACCAGUCUUGCGUCAUUGGGGUGUAUUUUCAGCAUCAGCCAAAAAAACAUUGUAUGGGUCAAAAUGAUUGAUUUUUCUUUUAUGCCAAAGUAAUAUGCAUUGCUAAGAAUUUAUUUGGUCAGUUUCAAAGGCGAGUUUCUCCAUAUUUUGGUUUUUUGUUUUUUUGCACCCUCAGAUUCCAGAUUUUCAAUUAGUUGUCUCAGCCAAAAUAUUGUCUGAUCCUAACAAACCAAACAUCAAUGGAAAUCUUAUUGGUUCAGCUUUCAGGUGAUGUAUAAAUUGAGACUCAAGACUGGUUUUGUGGUCCAGGAUCACAAAUGAGGUUAUGUAAAUAGACAGUUUUUAAGGUGAACUAAUCCUUUAAAUGCAAACGCAGUAAAUCACUGAGCAUUGCAAGUUUGCAACACCAUUUAAAUGUACACUACGCUGUGAGACUGCAGAUGAGAAAUAUGGUUAAAGAUCACAGCUACGAAAUCAGUAUCAGUGUGAAACACUCGAUGCACAGACUGUAGUUAAAUUAGAAUGUCUUGUUUAUUUUCAUUAUUUUUCCCAGUUGGCUUUUAAUUUGAAAAAAAAACAACAACAAUUCCCAAAGAUUGAAGCAUUCUUUGUAGAAAUUUGCUGUAUUUCUUUUAGGUUUGUCCUUGUUUAUUUGUGGGAAGUAAGCACAUAUUACAAUGAUACCAAUCACUGAUAUAUUCAAUGGAAAACUGAGGAGGCAUAUUUCGGGAAUCAUUUUUCACAGUUGCAACUAUAAUCGUAUCAAGCUGGGCUUAAGUCAGCAUGUCACUGAAAGACUUUCUUAAUACAUUCACAAUACAUAUGUUAGGAGCUCAUGUGCAUGGGAGUGGGAGCUACAUCUAUGUUAUUACGUCUUCUAGCGGUUUAGUGCAAUCUACAGGAUGUUGAGGGAUGAUGUGAUAUGAAUAUCUGGUCGUAUACUUAAAUAUAUCGUAAUGUAAAAAUGGAAACGGCACCUGGAUAUUCUGUUUUCUUUUAUAAAUGUGUAUAUAUGAGAUUAAAGUCCUUGUUGAGCCUUU